AUGGCCAUCAGUGCCACACCAAAAGGUGCCGAGGCUGAAGGAGAUGUCCCUGCAACUCCCGCCCAGCGCAAGAAGAUCGUCGUUGUGGGCUUGGGGAUGGUGGGCAUAGCAUUCGUUGAGAAGCUACUCAAACUCGAUGCGAAGCGGAGAGAAUACGAGAUUGUGGUGAUUGGAGAGGAGGAACACCUUGCAUAUAAUCGAGUUGGUUUGACUAGUUUCUUCCAACAUCGACAGGUCGAGUCACUUUACCUCAACCCCGAAACUUGGUACCAUGGACAUCCAGAGGGAUCUCUCAACUACCACCUCAACACACUCGUGACUGAAAUCAAGCCAACGGAAAAAGUAGUGGUUACUUCCAGCGGCGAGACGGUCUCGUACGAUAUUCUGGUCCUCGCGACUGGAUCAGACGCCUUACUUCCAAGGCACACACCAGGCCACGAUGCUAAAGGAGUGUUUGUGUACCGAACGAUUGAAGAUCUCCAGAAACUCAUCCAGUUCUCGGCAACUGUCAAAGGGACAACUGGGUGUGUGGUCGGUGGAGGUCUACUGGGUCUUGAAGCCGCAAAGGCCAUGAUGGACCUUGAGGAAUUCGAAAAAGUCAAGCUGAUUGAGAGAAAUCGAUGGGUUCUCUCCCGGCAACUCGACGGCGAUGCCGGCGGUAUGGUGGUAGAACUGGUACGAAACCUGGGCCUAGACGUGAUGCUGAGCAAGCGAGUGGGCAAGAUCCUCACAGACGAUAACAAUGCCGUCAGUGGCGUGGUAUUUGAGGAUGGUGAGCAGAUGGACUGCACUUGCAUCAUGUUUGCCAUUGGUAUCAAAGCCAGAGAUGAGCUUGCUCGCAAGGCAGGGCUCAAAUGUGCCGAUAGAGGUGGCGGCAUCACCGUCGACGACGAUCUCCGGACCAGCGACCCCAACAUUUAUGCCAUUGGCGAAUGUGCGAGCUGGCAGGCCCAGACAUUUGGUCUUAUCGCGCCUGGUGUUGAGCAAGCGGACGUUCUUUCUUUCAAUCUCACGCAGGCCAAGGCACACAGUCCUCGCAAGUUCAAGACGCCUGACCUCAGUACAAAGCUGAAGUUGCUCGGCGUCGAGGUGGCCAGCUUUGGGGAUUUCUUUGCUGACAGAGACGGGCCCAAGGACCUCCCUGUCAGACACGUCAAGCGAGGGGAGAAGAAGGCUGCCACGGCGGGACAAGAUCAAGUCAAAUCCCUGACUAAUGGACCACCCCCUCCAGCAGUCAAGGCUCUGACCUACAAAGAUCCGUUCCAAGCAGUUUACAAGAAGUAUCUCUUCACGCUGGACGGUAAAUAUCUGCUUGGAGGCAUGAUGAUUGGCGACACCAAAGACUACGUCAAAUUGGUACCUAUGGUCAAGAACAAGAAAGCACUGGACGUGCCACCUUCUCAAUUCAUCAUCGGCGCAUCCAAAGAAGGCGAGGACGACGGAAACGAUCUUUCCGACGACACGCAGAUCUGCUCGUGUCAUAACGUCACCAAGGGAGAUGUUGCCAACGCCGUCAAGGAUGGAUCGUGUAAAACCAUUGGUGAGAUCAAAUCUUGCACCAAGGCCGGAACCGGUUGUGGUGGCUGCAUGCCUCUAGUCCAGUCCAUCUUCAACAAGUCGAUGAAGGACAUGGGCAAUGAGGUGACGAAUCAUCUGUGUUCGCACAUUCCAUUCUCCCGAGCUGAUCUCUUCAACAUCAUCUACGUCAAAAAGCUGCAGAGCUUUGGAGAGGUCAUGGCCAAUGUUGGUAACACACCAGACAGUCUCGGCUGUGAGCUUUGCAAGCCGGCAAUUGGAUCUAUCUUGGCUAGCAUGUUCAACAAGCAUAUCAUUGAUAAGCCUCAUCGUGGGUUACAAGACACCAAUGAUCGGUAUCUUGCCAACAUUCAGCGCAACGGGACAUUUUCGGUGGUGCCUCGUAUUGCUGGGGGUGAAAUCAGCGCCGAUAAGUUGAUCAUCAUUGGUCAAGUGGCCAAAAAGUAUGGCUUAUACACCAAGAUUACUGGUGGGCAACGUAUCGACCUGUUUGGAGCUAAGAAGCAAGAUUUACUCAACAUCUGGAGUGAGCUCGUGGCUGGUGGUAUGGAGUCAGGGCACGCCUACGCCAAAUCUCUUCGGACCGUCAAGUCUUGUGUGGGAACGACAUGGUGUCGAUUCGGAAUUGGAGACUCGGUGGGGCUGGCGAUUCGUCUCGAGGAGAGAUACAAGUCCAUCAGAGGACCGCACAAGAUCAAGGGCGGUGUCUCUGGAUGUGUGCGAGAAUGUGCGGAAGCUCAGAACAAGGACUUUGGGUUGAUCGCAACUGAAAAGGGGUUCAACCUGUUUGUUGGCGGCAACGGUGGAGCAACACCUCGUCAUUCUGAGCUCCUUGCCAAAGAUGUGCCUCCAGAUGAUGUCGUUCCUAUCUUGGAUCGAUACCUCAUGUUCUAUAUUCGAACGGCGGACAAGCUACAGAGAACAGCGCGGUGGGUUGAGAACCUUCCUGGAGGAAUUCAAUACCUUCGCGAAGUGAUCCUGGAAGACAAGCUGGGCAUUUGCGCAGAACUCGAAAAGCAGAUGCAAGAGCUUGUAGGAACAUUCUUUUGCGAAUGGACCGAGACAUUGAACGACCCGGAAAAACGCAAGGCAUUUGAACAAUUUGCUAACUCGACUGAAAACCAAGAGCCUGCAGUGGAGAAGGUGGAGGAACGAGGUCAACACAGACCUGCGUACUGGCCUUCGACCACGGUGAAUGAUGAUUUCAAGGGCACGAGAUGGACCAGCCUGACAUGGCAACCCAUCGUAGAGGCCAAGAAAUUCAGCGACGUGGAGACAGGAUCGUCUCAAAGCGUGAUUCGAGGCGACACACAACUGGCAGUGUUCAAACUUAAGGGCAAAUACUAUGCGAGUCAACAGAUGUGUCCCCAUAAACGAACCUUUGGCCUGUCAGACGGAUUGGUCGGAGAAACCAAGUCGGCAGACUGCAAGGACAGCAAACUAUACGUCAGCUGUCCCUAUCACAAGAGAAACUUCCAACUCAAUGGAGAGGUGGACUUUGAGAAGAAAGAUGCCGGUGCUGGAUCAUGUUCGGAUACAAGCAUGUCGAUCGCAACCUUUGAAGCUGAGGAGCGAGAAGACGGAUGGGUAUAUCUCAAGCUUCCACCGGUGAUGGAAAUGGACAAUGUGCUUGGAACUAGCAAGUGGGUGGUCAAGAAGGAAGAGGGACCCAAGCCUUUUGAAAGCCUGGACAAGAAACUCGGGUUUAACAAAGGAUUGAGGAUGUCGAGCAAAAUGGCGCCAAUGCCAGGGACAGGCAAUGUUAAUGCGGCCAGACACGUGGGUGUAGCAGCACAGCGAAGGAUUGACUGGUGAUUGGAGACGGUGAGGUGAAAAUGGGUGGCGUGAGGAGUUGGAUUUAGCUAUUAGCGAUCUAUAUUUAUAUAACUCGAUACGGGAUGGUGUGAUACAUGGCAUGUCUUUUGAU